UGGAGGGGUGGGUGAUAUGCAUCAGGCUGGAGAGCAUGUCACGCCUGCACAGCUGGGCCGCGGACGGGACCACCUGCAACAUCAUUCAGUGAAUAUCCCAUUACAUUCCAGAGCCUUCACUGAACGCUGAACGACAGGCUUUGCUCGAGAUAGAUAUUCAACAUGACCUCUGGAUUAGUAGCCCCAGAUGUUCUGCCUGGUUACGAGGUUAGCAUGACUUUCCUAGAUUCCGACCCCCAACUAGGUGCAAGCGAGCAUGCACCUCUGCGUGGCAUACGUCGCCCUUGGAUGGAUUAUUGGCCGCCCUCUCCUGGUGAUGCCUUGCACGACUGGCUCAAGACCGAAUGUCCUGCCGUUCUCAGCUGGCGAUGGAACCCAGACCAACCUUUCGACCGUCCUUGGCAGAAGUGGUCACAGGAAGCCCGUAAAUCGGGCAAAUCACGACCUUCCAUAGUGAUGCCAGCACAUACAACCACUGGAGCUCCGUCUGAGGCGAACGAACACAGCCUCAUUGCAGAUGAGAUGGAUGGCCAGAAAGUCGCAGAGAAUGUCUCCACACUGGAUCAGCGCAUUCAGGAGUGGGCACUGGGCACCGUAAAGCCGAAGGCUUUCAAUUACUUGGCUCUGAAUCGUCUGUACCAGACUGAGAAGCCUUACCAUAGCCGACUUCCCUUCCUGGAAGGUCUUCCGCGUACAAAUGUCGUUGGUCAGUCAUUUGACACUGUUCGAAUCCAUGACAUCACAGGGGUCGAGGAGCAUUUUGUUCUUGCAGUGUCUGGCUUUGAAUUUUGUCAAAUUCCACAGACGAUACACACCUGGAAUGCGCAGACAGUUCGUGACCAGUAUCUGCCAUCGAUGGGGGAGUGGUUGAGGGAAAAGUUCAACAGCAAGAAGGUAUAUAUAUAUACCUACAACUUCCGAAGUCUCGAUCCAGAAAAGAAGCCCUCUGAAGCUUGGAUCCCACCUUUCACCCGUGCUCACUGUGAUGUCACACCCAAAUCAGGCAAAAGCAGACUAAAACUUCAUUUGCCCGGAGAAGCAGAUGAGUUACUGAAGGGACGGUACCGUAUGAUUGGUAUGUGGCGCGCGCUGUCAGGUCCGUAUCAGGACAAUACUCUUGCAGUUUGCGACUCGCGUACUGUCGCGAUUAACGAUCUAGUUCCAGCCGACAUACUGUUUCCGCAUUACUGUGACGAGGGCUACGAGGUUACUCAUAACGUCAAUCACCGAUGGUUCUACAAGAGGAAUAUGGGAAUCGAUGAUGUCAUAGUCUUCAAACAUUACGAUAGCAUUGAUACAGAGGCCUCUUUCUGUCCGCACGCUGCAUUUGUCGACCACACCGCUCCGCCCAAUACCCCUCCUCGUGCCAGUAUUGAGCUGAGAGCUAUUCUCAUUGACUAGGGAUUGAACUGUCCCAUAUAAAUAUCGCUGUUUCAGUAGAGAUGCUCUGUCUUUAAUUUCUUUCUGCUCUUUGAUCAUAGGUAGAUCAGAAUAGCACAUUUAGAUCAGAGAAUAUUCAAGGUGGUAUUGACGAAUAGCGAUCGC